AUGGCUGCCAUAAGCGUCCACAUAAUAAAGAGUGGAGAGCCUGCAUUCAGUGUAUUGGUGUCGAGGUUGCUGUUGGGUGAAACUUUCCCUCUGCCGGUGUAUUUGUCAUUGGUCCCCAUCAUUGGCGGUUGUGCCCUGGCGGCGGUGACCGAGCUCAACUUCAACAUGACCGGUUUUGUGGGCGCAAUGAUAUCGAAUCUUGCAUUUGUGUUUCGGAACAUAUUUUAUAAGAAGGGGAUGAAAGGGAAGUCAGUUGGUGGGAUGAACUAUUAUGCUUGCUUGUCGAUUCUAUCCCUAUUGAUACUCAGACCUUUUGCUAUUGCAAUUGAGGGCCCGCAGAUGUGGACUGCUGGCUGGCAGAAGGCACUUUCACAGAUUGGUCCACAUUUCGUCUGGUGGGUGGCUGCCCAGAGUGUCUUCUACCAUUUGUACAACCAGGUUUCAUACAUGUCCUUGGAUGAAAACUCUCCUUUGACGUUUAGUAUUGGGAACACCAUGAAGCGUAUUUCUGUCAUUGUCUCAUCCAUCAUAAUCUUCCACACGCCUGUUCAACCUGUCAAUGCGCUUGGAGCUGCCAUUGCUAUCCUUGGAACUUUCCUCUAUUCCCAGGCAAAACAGUGAACCUAAACAAGAUUCGGAAGGUCCUGUAACGAGAGCAGAGCAGGUUUACGCACUCGCACGAGGCACUUAAAGCAACAGUGUAAUCAGGCUGAUAUUUACAGGGUCGAGAGCCAAUUUUUUUUGCGUAGAUAGAGAUGCAUCUAAAUAUGUAGAUCACUAAAAUAAAAGAGAGAGAGAGAGAGAGUGAGAGAGAAGAACUUUUGUUUACUUUUUUGAGUGGGCUCACAAACCUCCUCCUCCUGUGCUUGUGAACUACAGUAGAUAUAGUAUGAAAUAAAGGUCUU